CCCCGCCCCCUGGGACACGCCCCCUGGAGAGACCACGCCCCCUGGGAGGCCACGCCGCCUGAGGGGGGGCUGUAGAUCCUAUAAUGUUCUCUAGAGGAGAGACUUUCAUCCACCAAACACCCGGGUAUUUGAAGGAUGAUUCUCUUACACUUGAGUCCUCUCCUCAGCUAAGAAGAAGAAGAAGAAGAAGAAAAGAGGCUCCGGCUGAUUGGGCCAGCUGUGGAACCGGUUCUGGUUCCUGAUUGGCUGAAAGCAAGGGGGUGGAGUCCUAUCAGUGGAUUACCGUCAGCUGUGCAGAGCCCUGAAGAACAGGAAGUGACAGGAAGUGACAGGAAGUGACAUCACCGUGGUCUCUGCAGACAGGAAGCAGCAGCUGGUCUGAGGUUCUGUGUCGCCGCGGCAACAGGAAGAGGAAGAGACGGAUGGAGGUGAAGACGCUGCUGAUGAUCGUCCUGAUCACCGCCCUGGACGUAGCGGCGGCGGCGGUGGGGGGGAGUCACCGCUCAGCCCCCGGGUCCUGGUCCAACGUCAGCGGGGACGACCCGGGUCUCCGGCGGGUCGUCAUCACCGCGGCCUCGUCCUUCAACAGCCGGUCCAACGACGCGUUUCUCUUCAGGCCGGCGGCCGUCCACCGAGCCCGGCGGCAGAUCGUCAAAGGCGUCCUCUACGUCGUAGAUCUGGACAUUUCCAGAACAGUUUGUCGGAAACGAGACGACGACAACGAUCUGACCCGCUGUGAGUUCCAGCCCCCGGGGCGUCUGCACCAGACGUUCCAGUGUCACGCUGAGGUUUGGACGAUUCCCUGGAGGGAAGAGAGUAAAACCCUGGAGAUGCAGUGUAAACCCUGAACACAUACACACAUGUACAUGCACACACACAUACACACACCCUGAACCAGCCGCACAUAGACACACACGUACACACACACACACACACACACACACACUUACAUAUACACACACACACACACACACUCAGCUUCUGCUAUAAUAAAGUUAGUAAUAAACCUG